GACAGGUCACAGUCAAGGCAGUCUGCAUGGGCAUCGUCCACUGGGGCCUGCUAAUUAACAGAGGAAGGGUUCUGGGGGAAAUCUGGAUGGUUAAUGGCUUUAAUUAUAGAAAAUGCACCGGAUCUCCAUUUUAGCAACACAGCAAAAAGUUUAAUUGCCAUGAGUGCAAACAUGCUCUAAAAGGGCAUUUUCAUGCUCCAAAGGUCAAUGAACCCAGAGUCGCUGAUCUAAAUUGCUUUUAAUCUGGUUUGAUUAGGUGCGGGGCUUCCUGUUUUGCUUCAAGGAAAUGGCUUUGCUUUGUCACACCCUUGGGUAUAUAAGGAGUCCCCGGGUCUCCUGUUGAAUGCCAGAUUCCCAUUGUGCCUCAAGAGCUACUUUGAAAGAUCCAAAAGAAUUCACCAGCAGAUAUGAUGGCCUUCCAAGUUCUCUCUUUCCUUUUGGUCUCUCUUAGCUUUGUGCUGAUGGAGGAGAAUGGCACCAAGGACAACACAAAGGAUUCUAGGUUCCUGAAUCGAAGGUAUUCAGAAGGAACCUUAGCGAGCGAUUACAGCCGAACUUUGGACAACAUGCUGAAGAAGAACUUUGUAGAAUGGCUCUUGAACAGGAGGGAGAACCGGAUUGAUAACAGCCUUGAGCCAUCCAAGAGAGAAGUCAAACUCCCAGCAUUGCAGGAAAGGAAUGAAGGCACUGAAGUUGGAACCAAGGAGGCAAAGGAGUGCAUUCGCUGGCUUUUGUCAAAUGUGGGGAAACAGAGGCUUCCUUUGUCAAAUGGUUUGGAUGACUGGAAGAACAUCUUGAAGCAAGAAUUUAUCUUUUGGCUUAUUUCUGCUGACCUUUGCAAACCAAUGUGA